CGAACACAUGUGCAGCAUGUCGAGAGUUUCCCAGACGCAAGGUUAACUGCGUUCCGGAAGCUGCGGCCCCGUAGCCUCGUCCCCGUUCCAGGACAUGGCCUCGGCUGGGGGACCGGAUCCGGCAUGUCGCCUUUGACAGGGACCCUCGAGGAGGCGCGACUCAUGGAGCAGAGGAUCUGCUGGAGAUGUGCGCAGUGAUCAGGACUGAGUCGGUGAAAGAGCUACCAUGGGAGACUGGAGCCUGCUGGGGAAGCUGCUGGAGAGCGCCCAGGAACACUCCACUGUGGUGGGCAAGGUCUGGCUGACCGUACUCUUCAUCUUCCGCAUCCUGGUGCUGGGUGCCGCCGCUGAAAAGGUGUGGGGUGACGAGCAGUCGGGUUUCACCUGUGACACCAAGCAGCCCGGUUGUCAGAAUGUGUGCUACGACAAGACCUUCCCCAUCUCGCACAUCCGCUUCUGGGUGCUGCAGAUCAUCUUCAUCUCCACGCCCACGCUCAUCUACCUGGGCCACAUCCUGCACCUGGUGCGCAUGGAGGAGAAGCACAAGCAGCGGGAGAAGGAGCUGGCACAGCUGGCGAUGACGAGCGACAAGCAACCCCUUCUGACAGAUGGCAAGGCAAAGAAAGUGACCGUCCGUGACGAACAAGGCCGCAUCCGCCUGCAGGGUGUCCUCCUCCGCACCUACGUCUUCAACAUCAUCUUCAAAACCCUCUUCGAGGUGGGCUUCAUCGUGGCGCAGUACUUCUUAUAUGGCUUCGAGCUCAAGCCCCUGUACACGUGUAGUCGGCCACCGUGCCCCAACGUGGUGAACUGCUACAUAUCGCGGCCCACGGAGAAAACCAUCUUCAUCCUGUUCAUGCUGGCGGUUGCCUGCGUCUCCCUUCUGCUCAACCUGGUGGAGAUGUACCACUUGGGCUUCACCAAAUGCCGCCGAGGGCUGACCUACCGGCGGUCUGAGCUGGCAUCAGAAACGGGCUCCAAAGCACCAAGCGAAGCUCCGAUGCCUUUUGUGCCCAGCUAUGGCUACUUCCAUGGGCAGCACCAUGGCUCCGGGCCCUACCAGUCUGUCUCCCAGUACAGCCUGACCCCCCUGACCGAACCAGACUCCGCCUUCCACCCCUACAACAGUAAAGUGGCCUACAAGCAGAACAGGGACAACCUGGUCAUGGAGAGGAACAACAAGCCCGAGGAUGCGGACCUAAAAAUAAAGAAGGGUUUGAGCUCAGCUCCUGGGUCGCCAUCACAGAACCAGCCCCAGCUAACACGCUCCAGCAAGCCGAGCAGCAGCAAACCCCGACAGGACGACCUGAAGAUCUGA